UUUGUCGAGCGGGUGGUACCACUCUUGCCUCCUAUGGUGUUUUCCGGCCUUCCGGGGGUCAAGUGACCACCCUUUCCCCAACGGGCCUGCUCCAGCGGUUCCUUCCACUCGCACGGCGUCGUAUUGAGACCGCUCAAGCUCAGGAUGGGCAAUAUAUCCGACCUUCUGACCCUGCUUAUGAGCAAGUACUGGAUUCCUUAGCUAUGGUAGCUCGACAUAAACGCAUACCUCUUUUAGAAGCACUUCUAAGAUGGAGAGAAAGUGAAUCCCCAAAAGGUGAAAAUGAGGCAUCUACAUUCCAAAGAAAGCCCAGCAUGCGGUGGAGUGCAUUUUUUGUUCAGCAUGUAUUCGCUUUUUCGAGUGCUGUCCGCAAGAAGGACUUACAGAGAAACUUUGAUCUGGGCUUGAAAUCUCUUUACCAACAAACACAACAACCCAUUUACUCAUUUUCUACUCUCGCACAGAACAAAACAACACCCACCAAGAAUUUCAAAACAUUCUCCCACAUUUUCCAGCAAUGCUCCCAUGGCAGAGCUCUGAAUCCGGGAAAACAAGCCCACGCUCGCAUGAUAGUUUCUGGGUUUGAGCCCACUGUCUUUGUUACAAAUUGUUUGAUCCAAAUGUACGUAAAGUGUGGCGUUUUGGAAUAUGCAAGUAAGGUGUUUGAUAAAAUGCUGCAGCGGGACACGGUCUCGUGGAACACCAUGAUUUUUGGGUAUGCUGAGAGUGGAAACAUGGGGUUUGCACAGUCUUGUUUUGAUGUUAUGCCCGAGAGAGAUGUGGUCUCUUGGAAUUCUUUGAUUUCAGGGUACUUGCAGAAUGGUGACUAUCAUAAGUCUAUUGAAGUUUAUGUGAAUAUGGGGAAUGUGGGUGUGGAAUUCGACUGUACUACGACUGCUAUGGUUCUGAAAGCAUGUUCUGUUAUGGAAGAGAUUGGUUUGGGGAUUCAAAUUCAUUGUGUUUCAGUCAAGAUGGGUUUUGAUAUUGAUAUGGUCACGGGAAGUGCUUUAGUAGAUAUGUAUGGGAAGUGUAAGGAACUGGAUUGUUCACUUCGAGUUUUCCGUGACUUGCCUGAAAAGAAUUGGGUUUGUUGGAGCGCUGUGAUUGCAGGUUCUGUUCAGAAUGACCAGUUUGUCAAGGGUAUAGAUCUGUUUAAGGAGAUGCAGAAAGCAGGAGUCGGGGUAAGCCAAUCUAUCUAUGCUAGUGUCUUCAGGUCCUGUGCAGGAUUAUCUGCAUAUAGGUUAGGCACUCAGUUUCAUGUACAUGCUAUAAAGACUGACUUCCUAUAUGAUGUGAUAGUUGGAACUGCCACAUUGGACAUGUAUGCAAAAUGUGGCAGUAUGUCUGAUGCUAGAAAGAUAUUCAACUUGAUGCCAAAUCGUAGUUUGCAGUCAUAUAAUGCAACUAUUGUUGGCUAUGCUCGAAACGAGCAAGGUUUUGAAGCUCUUGAGUUAUUUCUGCUUUUGCUGAAGUCUGGUCUUGGUUUUGAUGAGAUAACAUUAUCUGGUGCACUCAGUGCUUGUGCAGUGAUCAAGGGGCACUUGGAGGGGCUUCAACUGCAAGUAUUAGUGGUUAAGAGUAGCUUGAGAUCAAAUAUAUGUGUAGCAAAUGCCAUUUUGGACAUGUAUGGUAAAUGUGGAGAUCUGUUUGGGGCCUCUCGCGUGUUUGAUGAGAUGGUAAGUAGAGAUGCUGUGUCUUGGAAUGCAAUUAUUGCAGCUUAUGGACAGAAUGAAAAUGAAAAGGAGACACUUUCAUUCUUCGUUUCCAUGCUCCGCUCAAGGAUGGAGCCGGAUGAGUUCACCUUUGGCAGUGUUCUAAAAGUGUGUGCGGCUCAACAUUCUUUAAAUUAUGGGAUGGAAAUCCAUAGCAGAAUUUUUAAAUCUGGAAUGGGCAUGAACUUGUUUAUUGGAGGUGCCCUUGUCGAUAUGUACUGCAAGUGUGGAAUGAUGGAAGAGGCAGAAAAGAUACAUGACAGAACAGAAGAACAAACCAUGGUUUCAUGGAAUGCAAUCAUAUCUGGUUUCUCACUACAUAAGCAAAAUGAGGAUGCACAGAGAUAUUUCUCUCAGAUGUUGGAAAUGGGUGCAGAACCUGAUAACUUCACAUACGCAACGGUUCUUGAUACCUGUGCUAAUUUGGCUACUGUUGGACUUGGGAGGCAGAUCCAUGCUCAGAUUAUCAAGCAUGAAUUGCAAUUAGAUGUAUACAUAACCAGCACUCUUGUCGAUAUGUACUCAAAGUGUGGCAACAUGCAAGAUUCUUAUCUAAUGUUCAAAAAGGCACCUAAGCGAGAUGCUGUUACAUGGAAUGCCAUGAUUUCUGGGUAUGCAAACUUCGGCCUUGGAGAAGAUGCCCUUAGAAUUUUUGAGAACAUGCAGCUUGAGAAUGUUAAGCCAAACCACUCCACUUUUGUUUCAAUACUCCGAGCCUGUGGACAUAUAGGACAAGUUGAAAAGGGGUUACAUUAUUUCCGCAUAAUGCGUAAUGACUAUGGUUUACACCCUCAAUUGGAGCAUUACUCGUGUAUGGUGGAUAUCAUAGGGAGGUCAGGUCAAGUUCAUGAGGCCCUGAGGCUUAUUCAAGAUAUGCCUUUCGAAGCUGACGACAUUAUAUGGAGGACGCUGCUUAGCAUUUGCAAGCUCCAUGGAAAUGUAGAAGUGGCUGAAAAAGCAGCCAGCUCUAUUUUGCAACUGGAUCCUCAAGAUUCUUCUACCUAUGUUCUACUAUCAAAUAUAUAUGCUGAAGCUGGAAUGUGGGGUGAGGUCUCGAAGAUGAGGAAAACAAUGAAGCGUAGCAAAUUGAAGAAAGAGCCUGGUUGCAGCUGGAUUGAGGUGAAAGAUGAGUUACAUGCAUUCCUGGUUGGGGACAAGGCUCAUCCAAGAUGUAACGAGGUGUAUGAGAAGCUCGAUUUGCUAGUUGCUGAGAUGAUGAGAGUUGGAUAUAGGCCGGAAAUUGAAGCCCUGCUUGAUGAGGAGAUGGAAGAACAGGAGCUUGAAGAUAAGCUCAAAAUUAGUUGGUUACCCUUUGGUAACUCUUCUUCUAUGUCUUGGUGAUGGUGCAGUUUUCAUCAACAACUUAAGCUCUCACUUGGUACAAGCUUCUUAGAGACAAGACCCAUCGUUUCAUGGCCUUGGACUGUCUUCACCGAGUUUGAGCUUUUACUUGAGAGUCCACACAGAGGAUCAGCCACCUAAUUGUCCAUGAGACUACUUGACAGUGUAACCUCACAACUCUUGACAGUUCUGAAGAAAGGAAUGCUUACUCAGGGCGUCCAACAUGAUAAACUUGUGGAGGUCUGUGUGACCUUGAUUUUGCCAUGAACCAUAUGAUACUCAAAUUGCUGAAGCAAGAUGGUACUAGUGAAGCAAAGGUUAUUGGUCUCCGUUCUUUGCUUGCCAUUGUCAUGUCAACUUCAAGUAGCUGAAGUUUUCAACUGAUCUUCAUUUGAGUCUUCAUAUGCCAAAAAUAUAAACCUGAACCAAUAUUAUAAUCGAUGUCUUGAAAGAGCAUGAAGUGUGUUAUCUUCAUAUGUUUAACCAUUCUCUAUUCACUCCCCCUGUCCUGCUUUUCAUUUGAGUUGCAAUGUUGCAAAUGUGUAUCUUAUUGUGUUUCAUUCAUGGAUCUUUUUCUAAUGUUUCAGGGAUGACAUCAUGCAGAGCUGCUAUUGGGAUUCUGGCGUCCAUUUGAUUUUGGACGAGAAUCUGAUGCAACCCCUCCUGACGUGACACUUCAAUCUGUAAUAUUUGAGAGCCUUGAUAAGAACAGGUGGGCUUGUUGUCUUAGUGUGCUUGUCAAAUACGCAGCUGAACUUUGCCCAAGAUCUGGCCAUGAGGCAAAGGCAGAGGUUAUGCAACGUUUGGCUCAUAUCACAUCUGUUGAGUUGGGUGGGAAGACUAAUGAGUCACAAGAUGCAGACAACAAAUUGGAUCAGUGGCUUAUGUGUGCAAUGUUUGUAUGUUCGUCCGCCAAAUAAUAGAGAAGCUGGUAGUAUAGUUGCAACCCAAGAUCUUUACCAUCUAAUUUUGUCCGUCUCUAAAAUCUUGAUCUGAGGCACAUAUACAUGCAGCCGCAAUGACUCUUGGCCGCUCGCAUCUGGAAGCAUGUGAAAUCAUGUUUACUGAGCUUGCUGCAUCUUUCAUUGAUGAGGUUUCUUCUUCGGACACAGAGGGAAAAGCAAAGUGGAAGGUGCUGUAUGGUUAAACUCCUCAAAUUUCUUUUGUUUGAUGCUUUGACAUUUGAAGAAGACAUUGAGCAUUUUGCAUUAUCUAUGUUCUGAAUAUGUACUGGAGAGUGCGUCGAUUUGCAGUACUUUAUAGUUGUGUUACUUGAUAUUGAACUCUAGAGGACUUGUGGUAUGCUUAUUGACUUUAAUAGUAUUUCUAUACUUUUUUU